CGCGAACCAUUGCUCGGAGCGCACGUAUAGAGCGUUACUUUACAAGACAACAGUAAUUAAUUCUAAUUGGUGUUACCCUCAACAAAGUGUGAUAUCAAGGCGUCAAUAAAACAAUCAACAAAUUAGUUUGAAGACACACUUUUCUUGCGAAAAGUUUGUUUUUAAAACGCAAAGACUGUGUUUUUAAAGUUCUUAUUGCAGGUCAAGCUAAGUGUAAUUUUCUUUUAUUUGUUCUAUUCCGGGAUUAUUGCGAGUUUUGAAACGGAUUUUUACGAUCUUGGUCUACAAACAGCAGAGCCUAUCACAUUUAUUCAUCUCGGAGCAAUAAAAAUUGAUUAAGAUAUUCAACAAUGACAUAAAGUGUUCAUCAAAAUGGCGUUACGACUAAAGAAAGACAUUAAGAAAGCCUCGUACUACGUGUGGUUCCUGGGUGCGCAGGAGUCCCGGGGGCUGAGGGGGGAGGAGUUCGCUCUCCCGGCCAUCAGGAUCUUGGAGGAGAGAGCGAGGGACUUGGAGCCUUUUAAAGUAACAUUACAGGUGUCACACAAAGGUUUGAAGAUAAUCCAGAAUGUGACGGCAAAAGGCAAACAGCAGACCAUCAAGCACUUCAUUCCCCAUGGCAGCAUCACAAGCGCAGUGGUUCAGGCUGAUGUGGUGGCGUGUGUACUUUUGCUGUACAAUCCGGUGACAGGGUGUCCGGUACAUGUACAUGCUUACAGAUGCGACUCUGACCAUACGGCGGAAAUGCUCUACACCCACUUACAAGCCCUGAUCGACCGCCCAGAGAACCAGAAGAAGUUCGCCGACAUAGAGAGAAAACUCCAAAUGAGAGGUGCUCUGCCUACCACCAAGAAGCCCCCAGAUUCUUCCCUCGGCAGCGAAGUCUCCCGGGAAUCAGAUUCAGGAAGCAACGAAGAACGAUGCGUCGCAAAUUUGUAUGACAGCUUAGCGGCUGAACUAAAGCAGAAAUUGUCUACAGGUAAAAAGGGAAUAGGUAAGAGUCCCAUUCUUCUUCCCCCUCGGGACUACGACACGGUGCACCGACAGAAAGGCAACCUGAACAACAUUGACACUCGAAGGUGCCUCAACCAAAACAUCGUGGGGGUGAACGCUCGACGCAAGCUGGAGUCCUCAGGAGGUAGCUCGGGGAUAGGCAGCGACUUGGCACCCUCGCCCGAGAGGAAUGAGUACGCGAGACAACACGAUAAUCACAGUACAAGCGAGGAAGAAUGGGCUGAAAGUACAGCCUACAUGAUGCACGAAGCAUUCGAGGCGUCUCCACCGCGCCGCGCCGUCUCCCCACGUCGCGCUUCCCCGCCGGCCGCCCGACGUGCUCUGUCUCCUCACAACUACGACCAAACACCAGCUUACAACGAUGACUUCAGCGACCAGUAUCGUGACCAACUUGCACCAUACAGAGAACAAGCCUCUUUCGACCGUAGGUUCCGCCACGAGUCUCUUGAACGCAUCAAUAAAGACAAACCGGACAAAUUUAAUGACGACGCUCCGAGUUAUAGGAGAAGAUAUAUCACAGAAGCCAAACCGUCCAAUAGAAGCAUUGACAGGGUCGAAGAUCGCAGGUUCGGUAAACUUCAAAGAGGAGCUAGUGAAGGAAGCUUGAAGAUAGCGGAGAUAGCGUCACCCAAAGAUCGGUUUAACGUAGCGAAGGAGAAAUUUAUGAAUCUCGAAAGGGAGAGGUUUAAUAGAGAGUUGGAACAGCACAUGGCUAUAAGAAGGAGUAUGUUAGAACGGAAUAGUCGCUCGACUUCUUCCCCAGAGGAAGAAAGGAGGGAAGAGCGACCAGAGCGUCACAGAGAACACAGCUCUCGGAGAGAACCCGAACGUUCCCACCGGGAUUUGGAGCGUUCUCACAGGGAGCCGGAGAGACGCAAAGAUACCGACAGGAUACGCGACGUGGACAGGGACCUCGCUCAUAGGGAGAUCGAGAGGCUUCCGCGUGUCGGCCGGAAACGUGACGAUAAUAUGAAGCGGUUCGAAUGCGGUGCCGAGGAAUACUUGAAUAGAAUCGAGCCUAAGCCACAGAGAGGAGAGGAGUUCGACAGAUACAGAGAUAGAAGAGAGCUAGACAGACGUAUUGAUGAAGAUGAAGUUUUCGAGCCUGUAAUUGAGGAGAGGAGAAGGGACUGGACGGACAGGCAAAGGGCAUUCAGUCGUUCCCGGCUCCUGGAAGAUCACCGCCAGUCAUACGCAGAGGGAGACAGAGAUAGGUAUUAUGACAGAGACUACCCCAACUACCGCGACCUAGCUGAACGACAACCGGCGAAGUUCCGCCACAGCUACGCAGAACCAAUACCAAGAGGUCGCCUGGGCACGGUGCGACCGUAUUAACAAGAAUGCCAUAAUAGAUUUUUAACCUUGCUAAUGGAAAUUAGUGCUGAUAAAGUUUUACUCCAUUGUUUUAACGAUGAAGUUGGAUGGUGCCUUUCAUAACGAAAGUCAUGCCGAAUGUGCGCGGACGCAUUGUUUUGGGCUAGAGAUUACAAUAAGACAAAUAGAGUUUCAACUUUCCAUAGUCGGUAAUUCACAUGGAGCACUUUCGUUAAUUUUGUUCGCACGAACGUACUGAAAACUAAAAAAUAAUAAAAGUGAAUAACGACAAUUACAACAUACUUUCGGCCAUUUUUAUUUUUAAACUCGUAAGUCCUUAAGACUUGAUGUUAAGUUUGUUUUAUCAAAAAUGUGUAAAAUAUUUUUUAUUGUUCAAGAACAAAUAGACACAUACAUUUAUGUAUAUGAGUAGUUUUAAAUAUUAAUAACAAGAUAUACACAGUCGUGUAUUUAGAUAUAGUCAUUCGAAUCGCUCUAAGUGCCUACCCGAUAGUAAAUAAUAGUAUUUAUAAAUACUCAAUUGUGGACACCUUAUGAAGUCAAAUUUUAUAUAUUGUAAAUAUAAAUUAUAUUCCUGCAGUACCUUAAAUAAACCCAUUGUCAAUUCUAUUGGCACCAAAGAUGUAUACUAACAUUAACAAUUCUUUAGAGAAGCCAUAUUUUACUUCAUAAAUUAUAAAAGUCUUAAGAUUUGCUAAUUUUAGUGUAGUCUUUAUCUAAAAGAAUUGGCAUUUUGUUAUUGUUUAGAUGAAAUAGUUAUAUGUAUAAAAUAUUAAAGCAUAAUUUAUCUUUUAAAUAAAAUAUGUUAGAAGGAAGAUGUUUGAAUAUUAUUUUACAAUUUAUAACUGGUUUUCAAAGAACAAAAAGAAUACAGUACUUUGGUAAUGUUUUCUUUGCUCAUGACCGAAUAAUCCUUCUGCCUUGUUUCAUAUUUUCAAUGUAUGAAGACAUUAUUAUUCCAUUUUUCCAAAUACAUAACUAUUUAAAUUUGUUCAUAUAAAUUUUGUUAAAACUACAUAUUAUACAAAAAAUAUUUGUAACUUAUGUGUUAUGACAUCGAGAUUAUUUUAUAAAUAAAUAUAUUUUUAAUA